AAAACGCUCGCCAUGUCCGCCCCUCUUACCACAGCUACCCAAGUAAACCAAGCUCAAGCUUCGGUCUUGACACAAACCACCCUCGACGCGACGAUGAAACGACCAUCCCCUGCUACGCUCGUGAAUACGAAGAAGAGAAAGCUUACUCUGGCUGAUGGAAGCGAGUUGGAUUUGAACGGCUCCCUUCCCAUUACGGCGGACAUUAUGCUCGCCAUGCGCGCUCGGAUCUUCGAGUUGGAAGACCAGCUCGCUGCACAACAAGUCAAGGAGCAAUCUUCCGAACGACCCGCCAAGCGCGCGCGGGUAUCCUCAGGUGCAGAGAACGCCUCUGGAGAUGUCAGCGCUGAGGCUGGCUCAAGCUCCGCCCCAUCCAAAGAAGACGAGAAGAAGAGGAAAAUGCAGGUUAAGAAGAUCCUGGAUCGAUUGAAGAAGGACUGCAAAGCCGCCGACGUCAAAUUCCAAGGCAGCCCCAAGACCAUCAAGUUUGACGAAAUCCUCGAGUUUGCAGAGUUCCAAGCGUUGUUUGGAGGCAAGGGGACGCUUAUCCAGCCUACGCCUCAGAAUAAACCGACGAGUACUGUGACGAUUAUACAUUUCAACUCUGCACAGCUCGUCGACUUCUUCGGGGCUGAUAUCACCAAACUCAAAGGCAACGCCUGGACACGGGGCGGUGGUCCUCGUUUCGCGAAAUCCGUGAAGCUGGGUCAAUGCGAUUUGCGCGUUGACUCGUUGGAUAUCAAUUAUUCGAAGAAUGGGAUGAAGUGUACAUUGAAGUUUGAGGUGGAUGAUGCCAGUGCUAGUGGUAUGAGCGGGUGUUAUGGGCCUAGUGCCAGGCGGUCGAUGGGGUUCUGGUUUUAGAUAUCAGGAUUCCUUUGGAGCCAUGGUUCCUUCAGACUGCCCGUUCGGUAACUUAUUCUGUUAUUCGUAUUAUCCUUUGGUCUAGGUUCAUUUUCUAUUCACCAGCACCGUAGUAUAGUCGAUGUAUAAUGUGUAGAUUAGCCUCGUCAUUGUUCUCAUUCGUUGUACAUACUUUUGCGCUGUCUUGUAGUUGUAGUUUACGAGUAGUACUGUAGCUUCGUAAGUAGUUUCGGUUAUGUCUCCGUUGUAGUUGCCGUAUUGCCACCUACUAUAUCUUGGGGAUUUCUUGAACUCUGAAUCAAUCUGUAUAUUCGCACCUG